AUGGGGACCAAAGCGGAGGCACACGGUGCUCUUGUUUGCGUCGCGCCAGUGGUGAAGUGGAGGUUCCUCGGCAUGUGCUUGCUGCUCGUAGCGGCCGCGGGGCUCGCCGAGGGAGAAGGCAAGGGGGAGAAGCAGGGUGUUCGCCUGCUGGACGCGGGGAGGCUGGAGAAGUUCGUGGACGAGCUGCUGGACAUGCCCGUGCUGCGCGGUUACGGCGUGGCGGAGCUCGGCAGGCUCGUCGCCGGAGAGCUCGCCGUCGGCAUGUACGACACCAUGUGGAAAUUCCACCGUGACCUUCCUCCGACGCGGGUCUUCGCCUACGGCGCCAGCAGGGAGACGGCCACCGUGCCGGGGCCGACCAUCAUGGCGAUGAAGGGGGUGCCCACGCGCGUGACAUGGACCAACCACCUCCCGCCGCACCACAUCCUUCCAUGGGACCGAUCGCUCGCUGCCGCGGGGCUCGGCAACGGCACCGGCGUCCCCACCGUCACCCACCUUCACGGCGGCGUGCAGCAGUCCACCUCCGAUGGCAACUCCAUGGCCUGGUUCACCUCUGGCUUCGCCGCCACGGGCCCCCACUUCUCCUCGCCGGCGUACGAGUACCCAAACCAGCAGCCUCCGGGGAACCUCUGGUACCAUGACCACGCCAUGGGCCUCACUCGCGUCAACAUCCUCGCCGGUCUCCUCGGCGCGUACAGGGUGUCCGACCCGGCCGCGGAGGCGCCCCUCGGCCUCCCCUCCGGCGCGGAGUUCGACAGGAACCUCGUCCUGUUCGACCGUGACUUCAGGAGCGACGGCUCGCUCUUCAUGAACGCCACGGGGAACAACCCCAAGGUGCACCCGCAGUGGCAGCCGGAGUACUUCGGCGCCGUUAUCGUCACCAAUGGCAAGGCCUGGCCUUUCCUCCGCGUGCGGCGCCGGCGGUAUCGCUUCCGCAUCCUCAACGCCAGCAACGCGCGCUUCUUCCGCCUCUCGCUCUCCGGUGGCCUCCGCUUCGUCCACGUCGGCUCUGACUCCGUGUACCUCGCCCGGCCGGUGCCCACGAAGCAGUUCCUGCUGGCGCCGUCCGAGAUCGCGGACGUCGCCGUCGACUUCGCCGGCGCCAAGGACGACGCGGUGACCCUGCGGUCCAACGCGCCGACGCCAUACCCUGGCGACCAUGACGAGAAGGUUGAGACGGUGGCGGUGAUGAAGUUCCUGGUUGCGAGGAAGCCCGAGCACGACCCGUCUACCAUGCCGGCGGCGCUGAUGCCGUGGUACCCGAAGCCGGACGCGCGGGAGGCGGUGGUGACCCGGCACAUCGCCAUGUACAAGUACGCCAAGAAGGGCACGGACGAGCCGACGCACAUGUACCUGAACGGCGUGCCUUACACGGAUCCGGUGACAGAGACGCCGCGAGAGGGCACGUCGGAGCUGUGGGAGGUGAUCAACCUCACCGACGACGACAACCACCCGCUGCACGUGCACCUGGCGGUCUUCGCCGUGCUGAAGCAGAGGUCGCUCCAGCGCGUCGACGAGUUCAGGGACUGCAUGCAGGGGAGCGCGAGCAGCGGCGCCGGCGGCCGGAACGACGCCCUCGCGUGCGGGAUGCAGCGGCACCUCGCCGGAGGCCGCACGCACGCCGUGCCGCGGCAGGAGCGCGGGUGGAAGAAUGUGUUCAAGGUGCGGCCCAGCACGGUGGCCACGCUGCUGGUGCGGUUCAUGCCGCUGGAGGAGCCGUCGGGGAAGAGGGGUCGCUUCCCCUUCGACGUCACCGUCGGCCCCGGCUACGUUUACCACUGCCAUAUUUUGGAUCAUGAAGACAACGAGAUGAUGAGGCCGAUGAAGAUUGUUCGCUAG